AUGAUCUCUCAAUCUUUCAAGCUACUUUUGAAUGCUCUCCACAUCAUAAUCUUCCCAUUUGCUUGCUUUUCGGUAUAUAAUCCGCCUCGAUCACCUUCGCCAGUGUCACUGGAGCCGUUGAAUUUCGAUGACGGGUGGAAAGCUUUUCUUUAUCCAACGCAUUCAGAGCAUGUUGAAGAAUCGAAUGAACAGCAUGUCUCUACUACAAGCAAGCCUAAAAUCGUUUCAGCAACCCAGAUACCUCAAUCAAAGCCUGAAAUCGUCAAAAUACGUGGAAAAGGUGGACGAAAAAGAUUUCUAACAGAUGAAGAAAGAGUACUAAAAGCACGAGAGCGUACAAAGAAGUGGAGAGCUGAAAGAAUAAAGGUAGAACCUGAUUAUCUGGCCAAAGCAGGUCGAAUUGCGAGAGAAAAGAGACGCUAUAAAAAAUUACAUGGAAUCAUUACCCCUGAAAAACGAAAAAGAUACCGUCAAGCAAAAGCCUAA